AUGGUAUACGCUACACUAUUGAGCGAAGAAGACUUAAGCCGCUUCAGGACUAAGCAGUGCAAGAGACUGCUGAACGGAGGAUGUAAUUUUGGAAUCGAUAGAUGUCAGUAUAGUCAUAAUGAAUUUUGGAAUCGACGAUGUCCAUUUUAUUUAAGUGAUUCUUCAUUUAUUCGUUAUAUAACAGUUAUGUGUCCAGAUGUAGAAACGAAAAGUGAUGGAUCGAUUAAUAGUCUCUGUCAGAGAGGUGGAGAAUGCCCUUUUGCACAUUCAUCUGAAGAAAUUUUAUAUCAUCCAUUGUACUAUAAGACAAAGAGGUGUGAAGACUAUAAAAAGGGAUCGUGUAAUACAUACUAUUGUCCUUUUAUUCACGGGUUAGCUGAAACUAGAAAUCCUGGAACUUAUAAAUUACCAUUCACGAAUGGAAUAAACAUACCCAAUAUUCCAAAUGUAAUUAUUGUGGACAAAAUUGACAUAACAAGUAAAGGGAAUAGUAACAUAAGUUGUAAUGAUAAAUAUGUAAAGAACAUGAUAUCGGUUAAGAGAAGAAAUGAACUAAAGCCAGCUGACAGUGUAACAGAUAAUGAUAUGAAAUAUGAAAAGUUCAGUAAUUAUAUGGCAUCUACUGCUUACUCAUCCAUAGAUUCAAUAAGGAACAGUACCACAAAUGCAUGUAAAAUGAAUACUGGAAAGGGUUCUCUACCCUUUAAUGACAAUUUAAUGCAUUAUUCAGAAGAAGAUUUAAAAAAAAGUAUGAACAUGUUCAAUCAUGAAAAUUCUUUUGACAAUUUUGAAACUUAUGCCAAAGACGGAAUGAGAAAUUCUAUUAAUUCCUUUACUAAUUUUGAUCAUCAGACAUUAUUGCCUACGUAUACUCAUGGAACCAAAACAGAAAUAACAAGAUCAUCACAUAAUAUGGUACCAUGUACCCAUUAUAAUGAAUUAUUUACAGAUAACAUAAAUGGAGUGAAAAUGCAAAAGGGCCAUAAUCACUUAUGUAUUAAUUCGAAGGUGUCCACGGAACCUACGGAAAAUAUGAACACAAAUAAAAACUGGAACAGUUAUUAUAAUAUGUUAAAACUGAAGCAAAACUACUCAAGUUGUAGUACUGCUGCACAUGAACUAAAUUUUACUGAACAUGAUGUUACAAGUGAUGACUUAAUAGACGAUGAAGAGGAGGAAUUGGAUAACUAUCCUAUGAACACACUACUGCAUAAUACAAAUGAUAACCCUGGAAGGGUGCAAAAUGGAAGUGGAAGUGAAUGCCAAUAUGUGCACCAAAAUGAAGAUGGGAAUACCAAUUUCAAUUUUCACUGCAUGGGUGGAAACACAAAUUAUGGACAGAAAGAACAAAACGAACAAAGCUGCAAGAGAGGAAGUGCCCAAUACAAACCCUGCUGCAGUGUGAAGGAUACAGAUGAGGAAAGAAAUAACAGCGAAAUUAAUUUGUUGGAAAUUAUAAAAUGUUUGAAAAAUUUAUAUGAACGUAUUAUGAAAGGAAAUUUAGUUUUUUCCCCGGAACAGUGGGACAAUAUUGCUCAGAUUACAUACGAAAUUGUUGGUGUUGUGGAAUUUAAUCGAGUUCUAAAAUUAAAAAGGAACACUGACAAGCUAAAAUAUGAUGUUACCAAUGCGAACAGAAAACAAUAUUCUUUCGAUGUUCCCAAGAGGGAAGAAGAGAUAAAUUCGGAUAGAAAUAAAUCCUCAGAUAUGUUCGAUAAAAAUCUAAUGAUGAUGAGGCAUAUCAAUACUUUAGGUGAUGUUCAUGUGAAGGAUCAAAAUGAUAAAAGUCAACGAGGAGAGUUAAAUGUAGAAAAUAGUACAAAAAUGAAGAAGGAAGAAAUCGUAGAUCUCUGUGACAUCAACGAGUUGGAAAAUUUAGGGUUGAACAGAAUGAAGAUUUACUUAGAAAAUAAAAAAAAAGACAUAUUGGAUAUAAACAGUAUGGUGAUGGAUAUCAAUGAGGAGAGUCAUAUACUGAAUCUGUAUAAUGAGACCAGGAAGGAAAGUUAUUUAAGUGGCAAAAGCAAUUUCGAUUUGUUUAAUCUGAAGACGAAAACAUUUUCCCCUCCAUUAAGUACGAUUAGUGAAAUGGUUAUCUCGAAUAGAGAAGAGGAAGAAGAGACCAAUAUGAAUGUGGAAGAGGAAAAGACCAACAUGAAUGUGGAAGAGGAAAAGACCAACAUGAAUGUGGAAGAGGAAAAGACCAACAUGAAUGCGCAAGAGGAAGGGAACAACAUGAAUGGGGAUGAGGAAAAUUCCAAAGAUUUACAUUUUCUGGAUUAUUAUAACUUAAACAAUGACAACCUGAAUUUUACAGAAACAAAAGAUAAUACAGAUAAAAUUCUGACACAACAGCCGUUCGUAUCCUUCUUUUCUUUUCUUUCGGAAUGA